AUGUCGCGCGAAGAUGAAUAUGAUUUCUUGUUCAAAGUGGUUCUGAUUGGUGACAGUGGUGUCGGCAAAUCAAACCUACUCAGCCGAUUCACUCGCAACGAAUUUAACCUCGAGUCCAAGUCGACGAUUGGCGUCGAAUUUGCAACGCGCAGUAUUCAAGUGGAUGGCAAGACUGUCAAGGCACAGAUUUGGGAUACUGCCGGCCAGGAGCGUUAUCGGGCCAUUACCUCUGCAUACUAUCGCGGCGCUGUUGGUGCGCUACUCGUCUAUGAUAUCGCCAAGCAGCCUACUUUUGAGAAUGUCCAGCGCUGGCUCAAGGAACUGCGCGACCAUGCAGAUACGAGUAUUGUGAUUAUGCUUGUUGGCAACAAGAGUGAUUUGAAACACUUGCGUGCCGUGCCAACAGAGGAAGGUACUCAGUUUGCGACAGAGAACAACUUGUCCUUUAUUGAGACAUCUGCACUCGAUGCUAGCAACGUCGAGGGUGCCUUCCACAGUAUCUUGACGGAGAUUUACAAUUUGGUGUCGAGUAAGGCGUUGGACCCGGCAGAGAAUGGGCCGCGACCUGGGGACGGACAACGGAUCACGAUGACUGCUGCACCGGCCGACAAGCAAGGCUCAAAGUGCUGUUAA